CGAACGUGUUAAGGCUUCAAUGCUUCAAUUAUAAACAACCUUAGUAGCAAAAAGAUAUGUUGCAGACAAACAAAUUAUGGCUCUUGUAGUGAGUCCAUACAUGAAGAUCUACAGAAGAUUCAAGCCACACCUUCUCAUGGUUUUGGCACAGAUCGGCUAUGCAUGUCUCUACUUCAUUACUGAUGCAUCCUUCAAUCAUGGGAUGAACCCUCAUGUCUUUGUAACCUAUCGACAUAUAAUGGGUGGCUUAGUCAUGUUUCCAUUUGCCUAUUUUCUUGAAAGAAAAGCAAGGCCAAAGUUGACUCUAGCAUUGUUUAUGGAGAUAUUUGUGAUUUCCCUUCUAGGCAGGGUUAGCUUAACCCUUAAUAUGUAUUUUGCAAGCCUGAAGUACACAUCUUCAAGCUUCGUCACAUCAAUAGCCAAUACCAUACCAUCCCUGACUUUUCUGAUUGCAGUCAUACUCAGGAUGGAGGCUCUAGAUGUAAGGAAUCCGCGCGGAAUAGCUAAACUCUUGGGAACCUUAAUAUCUCUGGCUGGGGUCAUCACCAUGACUUCGUACAAAGGACCUGCAAUACAAAGCUUCUCGGGAGCAUCACAACACAUAAGAAGUAAUUUUGUUCACAAAAGCUGGACAAAGGGUUCAAUCCUUGUGAUUGCAAGUUGUAUAACAUGGUCCAUAUGGUACAUAAUGCAGGGGAUCACAUUGAAGAAAUAUCCUGCACAACUGUCACUAACCACAUGGAUCAAUUGUAUCGGUGCAGCACAAUCUGCUGUGUUCACAGUUAUCAUACAGCACAAACGGGCAGCAUGGAGAAUUACAUACAACAAUGAUUUCUGGUCCAUCAUAUAUGCUGGAGUUGUAUGCUCAGGUAUAACAAUCUUCAUUCAACUAUGGUGUACAAAACAAAAAGGACCUGUCUUCGUGACCAUGUUCAGUCCUCUUGCAACAGCAUUAGUGGCUAUUCUAGCUUACUUCAUUCUCGGCGAAAAGCUGCACAUUGGCAGAAUAGUGGGAGCGGUCAUUAUCAUUAUCGGUCUAUACUUAGUCUUAUGGGGCAAAGAUAGAGAUCAAAAUCAUUUCAAAUCCCAAGAGCAACCUACCGUGAUUAGUGAUAACCAGAAGGAUCCCAAGAUGCAAGUGGGAUCUUCAGCAGAAAGACAGGUCCUCCAAAUGGACCUUGAGGAAAAAGAUAAAACCGAUGGUUGAAUAUGAUUCAGAAUAACAUUUUAAGAGGGAAAUAAGGCAAUUAUCAAGUUAGCUGGGUCUGUGCCUUUAGUACUAUUGAUUUAUAUCCAUGACUUUACUAAAUAAAAAGUUGGUAGAUAUGUAAGGUCCAUGAGUACCAUAAAUAUCCAAGCCUGUUAGGCGUGAUAGUUACUUGAAAACUUUCACAUUCACUCUA